UAGGAAAAAGAAAAAAACAAACACAGAAGAAAUACAAGUUUGUCUACUUGGGUUCAGCAUCCGGCGAAUUGCAGAAACGGCAGCUGAAGAAGAAGCAGCAACAACAGUUGCAGAAACCGUUACCAUCUGUAAACUAAGAAUCUGUAAUUGGGAGGAAGUUAAACAUGGUGGCAAUUUUCAAUGCCUUCUCUUGGAAGCCCUUAACAAUUCAUGAAUAUGAUGGAAACCCUUAGACUUAUGUGACAGACAUUGCUCCUUCCUUUUUAUUUUCGGCUGGAUACAUGGCUGAUCAUUCUUUAGGCUUUGAUAAUACUUCAGUUCCUUUAGCAGAACCUCCACUAGUCAUUGGUCAAGAGUUUCCUGAUGUGGAAACCUGUCGAAGAACAUUGAAAGAUAUUGCUAUAGCUAUGCAUUUUGAUCUUCGGAUAGUUAAGUCAGAUCGCAGUCGUUUUAUAGCAAAAUGCUCCAAAGAAGGUUGCCCAUGGCGUGUUCAUGUUGCAAAGUGUCCUGGUGUUCCAACUUUCACUAUAAGAACCCUACAAGGAGAGCAUACUUGUGAGGGAGUUCGCAACCUUCAUCAUCAGCAGGCGUCGGUAGGUUGGGUUGCACGAUCUGUAGAAUCACGAAUUCGAGAUAAUCCACAAUACAAACCAAGAGAAAUAUUGCAAGAUAUUCGUGAUCAGCAUGGAGUUGCUGUUUCUUACAUGCAAGCCUGGCGGGGGAAGGAGCGGAGCAUGGCAGCACUUCAUGGAACAUUUGAAGAAGGAUACCGUCUUCUCCCUGCAUAUUGUGAGCAAAUAAGGAAAACCAACCCUGGUAGCAUUGCAUCUGUUGUUGCCGCUGGACAAGAAAAUUGUUUUCAACGCCUCUUUAUUUCUUACCGUGCAUCAAUUUAUGGGUUUAUAAAUGCUUGUAGGCCUCUUUUAGAGCUUGACAAAGCAGAUCUUAAAGGAAAAUACCUAGGCACAUUACUUUGUGCUGCAGCUGUUGAUGCUGAUGAUGCUCUGUUUCCAUUGGCUAUUGCUGUUGUUGAUACUGAAAGUGAUGAAAACUGGAUGUGGUUCAUGUCAGAAUUACGAAAACUUUUAGGAGUGAACACUGACAACAUGCCUAGACUGACAAUUCUAUCUGAAAGGCAAAGAGGCAUGGUGGAAGCAGUAGAAACACAUUUUCCUAGCGCUUCGCAUGGUUUCUGUCUGCGUUAUGUUAGUGAAAAUUUUCGCGAUACAUUUAAAAAUACAAAGCUGGUGAAUAUCUUCUGGAAUGCUGUUUAUGCACUUACAGCUGCUGAAUUCGAAAGCAAGAUUUCUGAGAUGAUAGAAAUUUCACAGGAUGUUAUACCAUGGUUUCAACACUUUCCUCCCUAUCUUUGGGCGGUUGCAUACUUUGAUGGUGUUCGAUAUGGCCAUUUCACACUUGGCGUAACAGAAUUGUUGUAUAACUGGGCCCUUGAAUGUCAUGAGCUCCCUGUAGUGCAGAUGAUGGAAUACAUCCGCCAGCAGAUGACCUCUUGGUUUAACGAGCGGCAGGACAUGGGCAUGAGGUGGACAUCAAUUCUUGUACCAUCGGCUGAGAAGCGGAUUUUGGAGGCAAUUGCUGAUGCUCACUGCUAUCAAGUGCUCCGGGCAAAUGAAGUUGAGUUUGAAAUUGUGUCAACUGAGAGGACCAAUAUUGUGGAUAUACGAAGUCGUGAGUGCUCUUGUCGCCGAUGGCAGCUGUAUGGUUUACCUUGUGCUCAUGCUGCCGCUGCACUUAUUUCCUGUGGACACAAUGCCCAUAUGUUUGCUGAGCCAUGUUUCACUGUACAAAGUUAUAGAAUGGCCUACUCACAGAUUAUUAUUCCUAUUCCAGAUAGAAGUCAAUGGAGAGAACAUGGAGAAGGAGCAGAAGGUGUAGGAGGUGCAAGAGUUGAUAUUGUAAUUCGCCCACCAAAGACUCGCCGACCGCCUGGAAGGCCUAAAAAGAAGGUUCUGAGAGUGGAGAACUUUAAGCGUCCCAAAAGAAUUGUUCAAUGUGGUCGCUGCCAUAUGUUAGGCCAUUCUCAAAAGAAAUGCACAAUGCCAAUUUGACAGGAUUAGUUUUCAUGUUAAAAUAUCUCUUGCUUCAGCAACAUUACAGCAAAUAGAAUGAAUGUUGUGUUUGUAUUGUUGUAAUUUAAUGUAUGCUGAACCAGUCAGUGCCAAAAUAAGGACAUGUUAGCAUAGUUCUAUCUAGUUGUCCCAUUACUGUGGUGAACCGUCUUCUGCAUGCUCUGUUUUAUUGUCUCACAGAACAAGUAGUUAAUGUCGGAAAAUUGACUUGCCGAUUUGUUCUGUUUCAUGAAUUGUAUUAUAGUUUCAUGAUGACUUGAAGUUGCAAAAUUAUUUGAAUUAGGUUAUCCUCA